AUGGGUGGAAAGAAUUCAAAGGGCCAAGAGAAGAAAAGCAUGAUGCUUCUGAAGAGAAGUCAGAAGUUACCUCUGUGGGAAGAAGCUCUUCUUGCUGGGAAAGACCCAAGAACACUCUUAAAGCGUGGACUACAAUAUGUCAGUUUGAGUCUCAUCAUGAAAGGGAUGACAAGGGCUCCUGACUUUUUAUGGGGCUUGCCACAGGUCCAGAAGCUGAACCUUUCCCACAAUCAACUGGUGGUUCUUCCUCCAGCUUUGGGGAAACUCGACAGACUGGUGGUGCUGAACCUGUGUGGGAAUCAUAUGAAGUCUCUUCCUAAAGAAAUUGGGCUACUCAGGAACCUGAAGGUUUUAUUUGUCAAUAUGAACUGCUUGACUGAAGUACCAACAGAAAUUGGACACUGCAAGAAGCUGGAGGUUUUGAGUCUUUCCCACAACUAUAUUUCCCAUCUUCCUUCAAGCAUCACAGAGCUGAUCAAUCUAAGAAAGCUGAAUCUCAGCAAUAAUCGAUUCGUAUACAUUCCUCUAAGUGUUUUUGCAUUGAGGAAUUUAGAUUUUUUACAUGUUGGCUGCAACAGACUUGAAAACAUUGGCGAGAGUAUCCAAUUUCUAGUCAACUUGCAAAUCUUCAUUGCUGACUACAACAACCUUCGCACCUUGCCAAGGUCUAUCUGCACAGUCAGUGCCCUUGAACUGCUAAAUGUUGAUUAUAAUUCUCUCCAGACUCUCCCAGAGGAGCUCUAUUUGCUACAUCGAUUGACAAAAAUUGCUUGGAAUCCACUGGAUAAGGGGCUCCAUAUUGCACACAAUCCUUUGACCAAACCACUGCCACAGAUCAUAGAAGGAGGAUUGGAUGCACUCUUUGGCUACCUGAGAGAUAAAAAUCAGAUCCCAUAA